AUGGAGCGGGGAGCCCCGGGAGCCGUCGGGUGGCCCUUCCCGAGAGGGGCCUGGCUCGACGCAGCGCUGAAUGGCGACCUGGUGCCGGGGCUGCCGCUGUGGGCUGGUGCACGGGUCCUGGCGCGUGUCAGGGACAACGACGGGGCGCCGCAGGGCGUCGAGAUGCUCGAAGUGGAGGUCGCCUACCAGGCGGACGCCUUCGGCCGAUUCUUCAAGGGCCGGCACGUGGGCGCCAGCGACCCGUACUUCUCAUGGUAUGCAGCCUCCUCCGGGCAGCAGGGCGCUCGCCCCCUGGCCACGGUCUUCCACCUCUGCAAGUGCAGCGCCGCCGAGUGCGGGGCGGUCCCCCCCGUGGGCGCAGUAGUCGAGCACUUGGACGUGUGGCAGGUGGUGGACCUCCGCGAUGUGGCCCGCGAGCAGGCGAAGCUCAUCUGCCCGGCCGCGGACCCUGGAGCGCCUGUGCUGGCCGACGCGCCCUCGGCCGAGCCGAUGCCUGGAGAGCUCGGCGGCUGGCCGCUCGGGGACGGGGCCAACGAGGACGAGGAGGAGCCUCGCGGGCCACCGCGCAAGCGAGCCCGCGAGGUGGAGGGCACCCAGACCCCUGGCGGUCCAGGAGAGACGAGCCCGCUCGACCAGGAGCUUGCUGGGCUCGAGGAGACCGCCGAGGACCCAGAGCUCGAGGCGCGGCUGGCGCGGCUCGGGGGCAAGGCAGCUCGCGGUGGGCCGAGGCAGGGCACGCCCAAGAAUGCUGCGCGCCCGGCAGGAGCCGUGGGCGAGCGUCUGGCGCAGGUGGUAGCUGGCCGAGCCGCCGCUGCUACCCCUGCGCGCGCCAGCGCCUCAGGGUCGAGGGGCAGGCUGGCGUCAGCGUUGACCGCUGCGCUCCUGGGGCGCGACGACGACGACGCGGAGGACGGCGCGGAGAGCGACACGGAGCGCCUCGGGGGCCGCGAUCGCUACCAGGGCGUGAACAUCAAGCGCGACUUGUUCCGCAGGAUCGCUCGGCAGCGACCUGGUGCUCUCCUCGAGAAUGGGCUUGGCCACCUGCGCAGCCAGUUCACCCAGCAGUUGUCCGGGGGCGAGGCCGACCCUCUGGCCCCGUGCGUCACGCAGUUCCUGAACACGGUGUUCUUCGUUGCUCAUCCGCCGCGCACGCUGGGGACAGACGAGGUGCGGGUCCUCCGCACGCUGGGGCUGGCGCUCGACGGCAUCCUGCGCGGAGAGGUCGUCGAGACAGCGGAUCUGCUCAUGCAGGAGUUCAAGGCGCGGACGAUGGCCAUCCGCGACGGGAACUGGCGGUCGGCACGGUGGCUCACGCUGGUCGCACAGGAACAGCUUCCGUCAGGCGCCUCUCUGGACGAGGAGAACGCUGCCGAGAAGGUCGAGGCCCGGGAGCUGAAGGCGAUGAGGAUCCUGGCCGGACGAGUUCCAGGCGACGGUCCCGCAGCCCCUCCCGCCGAGAAGAAGCCGCCAGCAGCACGGAGGGCCAGCCGCAGUCCCACGCGGUCAGUCCAGCUCCUGAGCGACUCGGAGGGGGACCUCGACGCAGCAGCCGCCGCCCGCGUGCCACCAGCGGAGGCGACGGCGAGCCGGAGCUUCGCGCAGCACAAGGCGGCCCACCCGAGGCGCGAGGGCGAGACCCAGGCAGCGUGGAAGGCGCGCAUCGGGAGGCCGCUGGCUGCCAAGAGCCGCGGCAAGGGCAAGACGGGGAAGAGCCGCGGCACGGGCACUGCUCGCAGCUCACAGGCUCGGCGGUGGCGCCAGAUGCUAGCCGAGGUGGGCACGGGCGUCAGCUCCAAGUUCAGGCUUGCCCUCGCAGUUCACGAGGCGGUGCACGGCUCGCCAGGGGCGAUCGGGCGGUACGUUCGUAAGAUGUGCACUUCGCCAGACCCCACGGCUAGCUUCGCGCGGCUGCGCGAGGUGUUGCCGUUACCGCUGCCCGACGCCCCAUUCUUCGAGAGGUACCGUGCCGCCUGGCACCUGCACCAGCAGCUGCCGGAGACCUGCGAGGUGGACGCCGCCACGGCGCAGGGGUGGGCCCAGCUCGUGGUCUUCAGCCUGAACUACCAGUACACGGGCCACAUGCGCAGUCCCACCGUCGCCGCGAGGCGGCCCACGGCCAGUCAGGUUAGUGCGCUCGGCAUCGUGCAGGAGGCCUGUGAGUAUUUCGUUCAGGAUGCCGCCACGGCCUUCGAGCUCCCGGACUGGGACCAGGUCAUCUCGUCGAGGAACGUCUCCUACGGGGGCGAGGAGACGGCCCGCGCCUUGCCGCUCUCGCUCGCGGGCAUCAUGCCAGGCCUCCCCACGCGCGGCGUCGCCGCCUCGGUCAAGGCGGUCGACAUCGCGGAUGCUCAGGUGGGCGCCUGGCUUGCCGACCCCACGCUGGCUUUGCUCCCACGAGAUGAGUGGCCUGCAGAGGUCCCGCGGGCGGCGAUCCAGGUCACGUCCAAGCAGGAAUGGUACCGCAUCGGGACCAAGCUCGUCGAGCUGGGGCUGGCGGCGCCGAUCGCCGACGACCGCAUCUUCAAGGUCGGGAACCGCAAGGUCCUGGCGGGGGCGUUCGGGGUCGCCAAGGGAGGCACACCGUCACCUGGUCAGGCGUGCGUCCAGCGGUUAAUCAUCAACAUGGUCCCGGCCAAUAGCUACCAGCGCAUCAUGAGGGAUGACAUCGGGACCCUUAGCGCGUCGCCCUCGUGGGUCGCCAUCCCGCUCCCUGAGGGCCACAUGCUGCUCUGGUCCUCGGAUGACCAAGCCUCCGCUUUCUAUUGCUACGAGCUGCCCGAGGCCUGGCAGCCAUACAUGACCCUCGCGGAGGCGAUCCCGAAUGAGCUCAUCGGUGUGCCGGGUCCUGGGAAGACUCACCUCGCGCUGCGCGUCAUCCCGAUGGGCUGGAUCAACGCGGUCACGGUGUUUCAGCACUGCCACAGGCGCCUCGGGUUCGGCUCUCGCCCCCUCGCUGCGGGGUUUCCCGCAGAGCUCGAGUGGCGCAAGGACCGGCCGCUUCCGUUCAAGUCGAAGGAGCUCGAGCAGCAGUGGAUCCAGUACUACAUCGAUGACUGGGACCAUGGCGAGGUGGUGCCCAACGCGAUGGUCGCGGAGCUCCUCGGCACGAUGAGCUGCGCGCAGGAGGAGCAGAGGGCCGCCUACGGCCGCUCGGGGAUCAGCGUCGCCCCCGGCAAGGCCAAGCACCGCGCGCUGGUCCUGGAGCGGAUGGGCGCGGGUCUUGACGGGGCCGUCGGCCGGGUCGGAGUCGCGACCGAGAAGCUGCACCAGCUGCUGGCGUUCAUCCUGUGGGGCAUGGGCAGGCAGGGCCUCUCGUCGCAGGGCAUGCUCAUGAUCCUAGGCAGGUGCGCCAGGGCCGCGGAGUUCAGGAGGCCUUUUAUGGGAUUCCUCAACAGCGUGUGGGCUGCUGGGCGCUGGACGCGUCCACAGACUGUUCCCCUUGGCAUGUGCGACGAGCUCUUGGGCUUCGCGAUGGCGCUGCCGCUGGCCUACACCGACCUGCGCGCGAAGAUUGACACGUGUGUCAUAGCGACCGAUGCCAGCGAGCGCGCCGGGGGCAUCUGCCACACGGCCGGGCUCACGGCGCAGGGCAUUGCGUGCGCGAGAGGGGGAGCUUCGGCUGUGACGUUGCGGCCUGGUGCAGUUGCGGCCCCUGUGCGGGGUGUGCGGUGGCGCCCUCGCAUAGUUCUCAUCGAGCUCUUCGCUGGCGCCGCGGGGGCCGCGGUGGCGGCCUCCAGACUCCCGAUCGACGUGAUGGCCCAUGUCAGCUGCGAGGUCGAGCCCGCCGCCCGGCGACUGGUGCGACGCCGUUGGGCGGGCGUGAUCGAGCUGGGCAACAUCGAGGCCGUCGACACGGCGCGGUUUACUGAGAUGCUGAAGGGCUACGCGCGGGACGCCGACUGGGUUGUCUUGACCGCGGGGAGCCCGUGUCAGGACCUGGCGAGCAUCAAUGUCGUGGGGACCGGCCUGGAGGGGUCGCGGUCGAGGCUCUUCUUCCGGGUCCCCGAGCUGAUCCAGGCGGCAGAGGCUGCCUUUCCCAAGCGCACCAUGUGGUUCGUCGAGAACGUGUUCAGCAUGACCCUAGAGUCGAGGGCGGAGUUCACCAGGGCGCUUGGAGUCACACCCGUGUUCCUUGAUGCCAAGUGUCUCACUCACGUCCGGCGGCCCCGCCUGUACUGGUGCUCGUGGCCCGUCACGGCGUUCUUGGCGUCCGACGCCACCGUCGAGACCAAGGGUGCGGGUGAAGCCACGUACUUCAAGGUCUCGCUUGCGGUGGAGAGGCUCCCACUGAGUGCCUCGCUCCUGAAGGGCUGGUCGACGCUCGACCCCGAGGCAGACCUCCCUUGUUUCACGAGGCCGAUCCCGCGAAGUCACCCGCCGUUUCGGCCCGUGGGCCUCGACCGCGCCUCGGUGAGGGCCGCAGAGCGCUGGGCUGCCGACAGCUACCGAUACCAGGUCAACAACUACGAGGACGGCAGCCUCAUCUGGGAUGCGAGGCGUGAGCGGGGCCGGCUGCCCGAGCCCGAGGAGCGUGCUGCCCUGAUGGGGUUCGACCGUCUCUAUUUCCAGGCCGCUGUAAAAGAUAGUGCACCUGCCGCUGAGCGAGACAGCGUCAUUGAGUCCCUGAUCGGGAAUACGUUCUGCGUUCAGGCUGUCAUGUAUCUUCUCGGCUCGUGGCUCGCUCAGGUGGGGGCGCUAGCGGCCGCCAUCCCGGGCAGCAGCUGCCUCGCUGUGGGCACGUGCGAGGCGAACUGGAACGUGGUCCCCGACUUCCAGCAGCCGGGACAUCGCGACCCGCGGUUGGAACGCAGCCUGAUCGUGGAGUUCCUGAGGGUCGCCGACCGCGGGGGCACGGACGUCCGGCUUGACACGGGGGCACCCUACCGAGCCCGCGCGUGGCCGCGAGCAGCUCUCCGCACGCACCUCUGGGCCUGGCGGAUCGCCAAAGGCUUUCGCUGGCAGCGGCCCGGGCACAUCUCGGCUCUGGAGCUGGAGGCUGCUGUGGCUGGGGCGCGCUGGAGGUGUCGAGCAGUUGAGAACCACCGCUGCCGCUACCUGCACAUACUGGAUGCCCAAGCGAUCGCAGCAGUCAGCACCAAGGGCAGAUCGAGCGCAAGGGCUUUGCAGCCCGCGCUCCGCCGGCUCAACGCCCUCCUCCUCGCGACGGCAGGGUACCCGAUGUACGGCUACUGUGACACCGACGUGAGCCGGGUCACGGCUCAGGCGAUGGCACGUCGAGCUGCAGCGAGAUCCCAGCCGCUGAGGGAGGCGAUGGUCACGCCUCUGACCCUGCAGCGGUACCGUGCGGCAGUCGAUGAAGUCGUUGAUUUCUGGAUCCGGGAGCACCGGCAGCCGCAGACGCCCGCUCAGGUCGACGCUGGCGUGGCCGCCUUCAUUGAGAGCCGCUGGUUGAGCGGAGGAUCUUUGUUCGAAGUUAAUAAUGCUAUUGCUGGCAUCACGCACGCUUUCCCGCCCGUGCGAGGGCACCUGCGGGACAGCUGGCGCUUGGCCAAGACGUGGCAACGCCUGGAACCCGCUGGGCGGGCGCUGCCGAUUGGUCCACUGAUCGCGGCAGCGUUCGCUGGUGCAUUUGCAGCCGUAGGCCAGCUCGGUGCUGCGGCGGUGCUGGCUGCGGGCUACGAUGCUUUCCUCCGGACGGGCGAGAUGACCUCGCUCGUGUGGUCCGAUGUACAGCUGUACCCACUCCGACGAAUGGCCGUGCUGCAGCUGCGCAAUGCCAAGAGCCAGCACCAGACUGGUGCCCGAGAGUUCGUGCUCGUGCGGAGUGGUGUAGCGGUCGCCCUCCUAGCUAGAGCAAAGGCUCAGGCGCGCGGACAGGACUUGUGCCUCGGAAUGGAGCCAAGCAGUUUCAUGAACACUUUCAGCCGAGUGCGUGAGCUGCUGGAACUGCAGGAUGCAAAGCUCACCCUCUACAGCUGGCGGAGGGGCGGCGCCUCCGCCGACUUCCGCAGCCAUGGCUCCAUGGAGCAGACGCUGCUCCGAGGCAGAUGGGCCUCGGCGCGCACGGCCCGCUUGUAUGUCCAGGAUGCCGUCGCCGAGGCCACCCAAUUAAAUCUCUCGCCCACGCAGCGGAAGCGCUGCGGCCUGCUCGCGUCCCGCCUGCGAGCAGAAGCGAG